CCAUUCCAAUCCCACUCUCGAGCGACAAGCACAAUGAAAAGCCUCAGCGGAGCAUUUUUCCUUUUCGUCGGGGCAACUUUCCUGUUUGCCCCUUUUUGCGAUGCCGGCCACGCUAUCUUGCACGAACUGGAGCGGCAGCAGAGAAGCACCAUUGAAUACAGCUGCGAUGACCAAGCCUACUACGACCAGUUUGCAAGCAGUAAGCAGGCGUUGUGCGACGAAUCCUUGGAAAACGCGAUCACCGAGCUUCGGGCAUCAAAGAGUCAAUGCCUGGAGAAAUUGCAAAAAUUAGUGGAGCAACAGCAGGAGAAACUGGCGAUCUGCUCUCAGGCUCGCAGCACUAACGCAGCUAGUUGCAGUGCAAAAUUAGCAGCCCUUUCUUCGCAGAUCGGUCAAUGUCAAGCUAAAUGCUCAGCCGCAACUGUAGCUUUGAAAUUGGUAAAAUUAUCAACUGGCUCGUACUACAUCAGCCCUUCAAGUGAACAGAAAAAUUGGCACAUGGCCGACAAAUUCUGCAAGUCUAACGGCUUGGAGCUGGCCAGUGUCGAGACCAUCAAGGAAAACGACGCCCUGGUUGCGGCGUUUGGGCCAAGCACCGACCGAUUUUGGAUUUCAGGCACCGACCUCGGCAGCGAGAAAAAAUUCUACUGGAGCGGCGUAGGAAAGACGAUGGAAACGUUUUGGUAUUUUGAGGAUGGCCAGCCGGACAACGCUAAUAACAAUGAAAACUGUGUUCAAUACGUUAAGGAAACGAACAAACCUACCUACAAGUGGAACGACGAAAACUGUAACACGCCAUUCCGAUUUGUUUGCGAGCUAGAAGCUACAAAAUGAGAAAAUAAUUAGCAGAGAGUUAAUCCUUUUAUCGACCAGAUAAAUAUAUGAUUCUGCAUUAAUAAAUGAUUGGAAACAAUUAA